AUGCCUCACGAGAAGAGUUUCUUGGUGUCCGGGGACAACUAUCCUCCCCCAAACCCUGGAUACCCCGGGGUGGCCCAGGCCCCCGUGGUCCCUUAUCCCGGGGCCCCUUACCCACAGGUCCAGUUCCAGCCUUCCCCCUAUGCCCAGCCAGGGUAUCCCCAGGCCCCCGGUUCCUACCCCCAAGGGGGUUACCCUCAGGCCCCUUACCCCCAAGCAGAUUACCCCCAAGGUCCCUACCCCCAAGGGGGAUACCCCCAGGGCCCCUACCCCCAAGGGGGCUACCCUCAGGGGCCAUAUCCACAGAGCCCCUUUCCACCCAACCCCUAUGGACAGCCACAGGCCUUUCCGAUCCAGGACCCUGGCUCCCCUCCGCAUGGGACCUAUCACGAGGAUGGACCCCCGUCCUACUAUGGCAACCAGGACUUGCCUGCCAUCAACUGGGAUGACAAGAGCAUCCGCCAGGCUUUCAUCCGGAAGGUGUUCCUGGUGCUGACCCUGCAGCUGUCCCUGACGCUGUCCACCGUGGCCGUGUUCACGUUCAUCAAGGAAGUGAAGAACUUCGUCCGGGAGAACGUCUGGACCUACUAUGUCUCCUACGCCGUCUUCUUCAUCUCCCUCAUCGCCCUCAGCUGCUGCGGGGAGUUCCGCCGAAAGUACCCCUGGAACCUCAUUGCACUGUCGAUCCUGACCAUCAGCCUGUCCUACAUGGUGGGCGUGAUCGCCAGCUUCUACGACACCGAGGCGGUCAUCAUGGCUGUAGGCAUCACCACCAUCGUCUGCUUCACGGUGGUCAUCUUCUCCUUGCAGACCCGCUACGACUUCACGUCGUGCAUGGGCGUGCUGCUGGUGAGCAUGGUGGUGCUGAUCCUCUUCGCCAUCCUCUGCAUCUUCAUCCGCAACCGCAUCCUGGAGAUCGUGUACGCCUCGCUGGGCGCGCUGCUCUUCACCUGCUUCCUGGCAGUGGACACCCAGCUGCUGCUGGGGAACAAGCAGCUGUCGCUGAGCCCGGAGGAGUACGUGUUCGCAGCACUCAACCUGUACACAGACAUCAUCAACAUCUUCCUGUUCAUCCUCACCAUCAUCGGCCGUGCCAAGGAGUAG